CCAUCCCUACACUAUGCAACAGUGAAUAACUUUUUCGUGUUUGUUGAUAUAUCCUCACUAACUAGGCAGUUGAAUACCGCAAAUUCAGGUGUUUUAAGUUGGAAAUUAUUUUUUAAAUUAAUGAAUAUUGGUAGCAAGGAGCAUCCAUUGUUGAGACCGGACAAAAGGGAACAAAUUUCGGAACAAAAGGACAGUGGAUAAAGGAUUUAAAGGACACCGGAGAUAACCACAAAGAAUUCAAAGGACUUAUUUUGCCAUUACUGUGGCAAUAGGAGGGCUAACAAAGGACAAAGUAUUGAAAGGACUUAUAGAGGCAAGGCGACAAAGGUCGACCUAUAAAAGGAAAUAAAUUUCAAUUAAAGCCCAGGACCGUUUCGGUCUUAAUAGUACUCUUCGCCCUUGCGGCAUGCUCCUCGGCGACAUUUGAUCAACUCUUGAGCAGAGGCGGCGGCGGUGGCGGAGGGCUGCUGGAAAUGUUCGAUCUAGGUGGACUACUCGGAGGUCUCUUUGGAGGCGGUGGCGGCGGAGGGCCACCGCCACGGCCAGUAUACGGUCCGCCACGGCCAGUAUACGGUCCGCCACCGCCCAGGCCCGUCUAUGGUCCUCCGCCCCCGAGACCAGUGUACGGACCGCCUCCACCACGGCCAGUUUACGGACCACCCGCACCAGCUCCGGCUCCAAUCUACGGACCACCUCGACCGGGUCCAGUGAUACUAACAGUCAUAAGAGAGAAGCCAUCAUCAUCGUCCUCGUCAUCGUCGCAAAGCCAGCGGCCUCCACCAAGACCAGUCUACGGACCUCCACCACGACCGAUUGCACCGCCUCCUCCAGUUUACGGACCACCACCUCGACCACUGCCCCCACCACCACCCCCACUACCAGUUUAUGGACCACCAUCGUACUCGCCGCCAGCUCCAGUCUACGAUGCUCCACCUCCUCCACCACCAGUGUAUAGCGCACCACCUCAAGCGCCUAUCUUCCAGUUUUCUCCACCGGCGCCAGUUUAUGGCCCACCAGCGCCCGUUCCCUUCCCCCAGUAUGGACCUCCACCUCCAGCGCCAGCCCCGCAGUACGGACCCCCGCCUCAAGUACAAAGCUAUAGCUCCGGAUCUGCGCUAUCGGUCGUUCAAGCGCCCCGCGUCGAAUAUCUCCCCCCGGAGCAGAUCCAGCAGUUGCCCCUGCAGGACACCAACGUUAACUUCAGCGGACUGAGCUCGAGUGCGGUCGCAUCGGGUAGCGUAACCGGCUCGGAGGGCUACCACUACGGCAUAGGACACGGUUCCGGGCACUGAGAGCGGCCCGUUUCCGCGUGCCCCCUCUUGGACGACGCCUAUUAUUCCGUACCUUUCUCGCGUCCUGCGACUUUCGAGUAGAGGAACACUCACUCACACACGUAGCUAGGAUUGUGCAAUACCAAAAAGCAAGUUUUACUAUAAGCAACUGACCUCUCCCAAACUCCUUCCAUACCCUACUACUACGCGAAUCGAUAGGUUUCCACUCUUAGGAUGUACGAUAUCCGCUGAGAAUAGUGUCGAACCACUUGCUAGUCACAUUCCGGAUUACCAGCUGUCUUCUUUACCCAAAUACUCACCACAACCACCGUCUCCGAAUGCACCAGAGAUUAGGAAUUCUUCUCCCGACAAGUUCAAAACCAACACACUUUAGCACUAGAUCUAAGGACAGAUACACGACGUAAACAAACACUGCCGCUCCGGGUGUCGACGUCGAGAAGAUUGCUCAACUUGCAGCGUUCAAAAAACACAGAAACAGAGUUAAAAUUAGAAAGAAAGAAAAACCUCAGAAACAAAACGUACACUGCUAUUGAAUUAAUUUAUGUGCUUGUAAAUUAAUGUAAGGACGUUCGUAAUAGCAGGUCUCUCUGUCGAGUGAAAAUAAUUCGGCAAGUAAAAACAGUGUAACAGAGGAAGUAGCUUAACGCAGGUCUGUUUUUUUUUUCACUGUUAAGCAACUCGGUUCACAACCUCUGAAUGCCAUAUUUAAGAAAAAAAAGAAAAUUUGUAUCUUUAUCGAAAAAAAUGUAAAAAUCGUUGAAUAAAUAA